UCUUGGCCCCUCAAAAAAAAAUCUCAUUCUCAAAAAAACAACAACAAAUCUCUCUCGGCUCCUCCACUCGUCGGCGCGCGUCACCAUCUCCAUCCCCCGCCGACCCCCGCCGACCACCCGACUGUCUCUCCGUCCAUCGCGGUGGCGCCGGAGCCGGUGAAGCAGAAUGGACGACCAAGGAAUCCCUUCCCACCCCUCGCGCGUCCAUCUCCGGCCUGCUCCGAUUCCUAUCCCCCCUCUCCCUCCCACGCGGCGCCGAGUCAGCCGACCACCAACCCCUCCCGAGGUAGGUCAGGAAGGUACCUCACCCCGAACCCGAAGGUACACGCACGCACUGACGUCUCUUCCGCUCGGAGCUUUGCGUCACAUACUCACAUGGUGGCGCCUGGCGCGGUGCGCACAUGGAAGAUGCAGAUUGCAGAGAUACGUGCGUACUUCUGUAUCCGCGCGCGAUCAAGUCGUGCAACCGCAGUUGCAAAGCAUGCCAGUUGGAUUCUAGCGAUUCCCGCGUACAAGUUUGGGGUGUCGGUUCACCACACCCGACGCAAAGGAUUCCCUUACAUUGGGAUUCUGUUUCAUAUUUUGCUGUGAUGAUGCACUGUCCCUAGAUUUUGGGUUCUAGCGGUUCCCGUGUAUAACCUUGGCGUGUCAGUUCGAGGAAACUGUGCUAAUUAGCAUGCGAUAAUCAGGGGGUUCUUCUUAAUACUAGCCACAGUGCUUUUAUUUUAGUCAUUCGAGAGUAGUCAUGGCAGGACAAGUGCAGACAGACUGUACUGGUCAUGAGAUUCUGUUCAUAUGUGGUGGUGAUGCAGUAGGACUAAAAUUAUCUCUGAACACGAGUCGAGCGUUGGGCUGUAGCGGUCUCCAUGUUUAAGAGUUGAAGGAGACAAUGCUAAUUAGCACAUGAUAGUCAUGGACUCGUAAUUUUGCAUUCCGUCGGUUUUAAUUCUGUUAGCGUUUUGUUUUGCUAAUAGUGGUGGGGAAGGAAUCGAAGGCUUCGAACACGAGCAUGUAUUUUGCUUCGAGUAAUGAUGUCAAUUUUAUUCGAUUCAAACGCUUUGGUUAGCAAAAGCAGAGGGAGUAAUUAUUUCUUUACAGAGGGAGUAAUUGUCAGCAAAACCAGGGUAAGCUUUGCUCCGGGAUGGUGCCUACAUGACGCUCCUUCCCUAAUAUUUUUUCCUGGUCUGAGUCGUGAGUCAGAAGGUCCACGUUAACUGAAGCGAAUUAGAUUUAUCUGGAAUAUCUUGACUUUGGAGAAUAACUCCGACCUUAGCUUGCCAAGCUUGUUUAGCAGGAAUUUACCCCACUUGCACCAACUUGCCAGUACUUUAGUUUUCUAUAGUUAGGCAGCUUGGAUUAUGCAGGUGAUGGUGACAAGUUUCCACAGUACUAGUGGCUGUUAACUUCCCAUUUCAAAGUUCAAUGUACUUCCGAUUUCAAUAAUAGGACUAAAAUUAUCUCUUACAUGUCUCUAAUAUGGGGUUCUAGACUUCUAGUGGUCUCCAUGUUUAAGAGUUGGAGGAGACCAUGCUUGUUAGUACAUGAUAGUCAUGGACUUUUAAUUAUGUAUUCCGCCGGUUACAAUUUUCUCUCAGCAUUUUGUUUCUCUAAUAUGGGGAAGGAUUGGAAUACGAGCAUUUAUAUUGUUUUGAUAAAUGACAUCAAAUUUAUUCGAUUCAAACAUCUAAUUGUUAGCAAAACCAGGGUUAAGCCUUCAUGACAUGUCUCCCCUAAUAUUAUUCGUGGUCUGGGUGGUGAGUCAUAGUGUCCAUAUUAACAGGAACGAAUCAUAUUUAUUGUUCACUAAAAAUAAUCAGAUUUAUCUAAAUCUUUUUGACUGGAGAAUAGCUCCAACCUUAGCUUGCCAAGCUUGUUUAACAGGAAUCUAUCGUGCAGCAACUUGCCAGUACUUAUGUUUUCUAUAGCUAGGCACCUUAGAUUAUGCAGCUGAUGGUGACAGAUUUGUACAGUACUAGUGGCUGUUACCUUCUAAUUUCAAAGUUCAAUGAUUUCCCAUAAUUGUUGAAAUUUCCGGCCGCCUAGCUAGGCUCAUAUUUCAGUAAUGUCUCAGUCAUCUGAAAGAGAAAUCAGUUGACCAUGCAUUGCCGCCCUUGGACUGUAAUAUAUUGCUUACUCUAACCUGAAUUUAACCAUACGCAAGUCUAUGUGGUAGGAUGCAAACAAUAUAUUGACCUCAGUUGACAGUGAAUUUUUACUUUAAUGUACACAGGCCUCGAGUUGUAGUUUACCUAGAGGAGAGAUCGGUUGUCUUCUAUCGUGACCGUGGGAUUCUAUCUUGAGAGUAAGGCAUAUUGCAGAGGUUUAUUUUUGAACUGCAUGAGGUAUGCCAUUCAUGGGACCAUGCUGUAAUAUAUCUGACCCCUUGAGAAAUUUGUUUUGGCUGGCAGUUCUUAGUGAGCUGAUAGGCUAGCCAACUAGUAAGUGAUGCAUCAAACCAGAAAUUAGCAUGUCCUCUAGUGUUUGCUAAUCUCAAAUUUUUCGUUUACCUUGUGGGAAGACAAAUUUCUUGUACUAGAAUUAAGUUUCGUUCUUCAGAGGAGGACAGCGCACAGCCACACAGGCAAACCACGUUAUUCUAGCAUGCUUGUCUAAUCAAUGGCAUCGGAACCUUCUGCCUCCCUCUCGUCCAGAUAAACCAAGCAUAUACUGUACAGUGCUAGUGCGUCUUCGUUUGUACUUCCCUUUGGCAUUCAUGUUAAGUACGUGUACCGUGUAUCUUAUGCGGGAUUAGGGAACAUACCGAUAGACAAAGGAUGAUGCUUUAGGUGACUUGCUACCUAGCUGGGGAUUAGGAGACCACCAAGCUGAUGCUACAGAACGGAAAGCAACAGUUUGUUUUGCUGCUCUUGUUUUCAGCAAUUGCUGUGAGGGGCUCCUCUCAACCACCGAACCCCAUAGGCCUUCUAUUGGUGGAAUUCUUAGUGAUCUUUGUCCACUGUUCUUCCUUCCCAUAUUUUUGAAGAUGUUAGGCCACGUUGCGUCAGUGAAAUGCCGACAAGUGUCGUUUGAGAAUCUCUCUAUUAUCAGCUUAAACCCUCUGACCUCCACCACUUGUUUCAAACCUUUAUUCUUAUUCCCACUGAAUAGUUCAAGAGCAAAAGUGUUAUAUAUAUUUAGGCAAAUGCUGAUUCCAUCAAUGUAUUAGCAUAUAAUACUGAAUAUUUGAUUCAUGUUGUCUAAUUAAUAGUUUCUUUCCUUGUCCAGCAGCAGUGCUUACCAACUAUGAUUAUGAUGAUAAUUAGGUAUCCACCUGCCGUCCUUAACUCAUUUGAUGUCAGUGAGCAUGUUUCCUGAGCAUGCUGGGCUCCCGCGUCGUUGACAAAAUGGGCCAUACAAUCAUUCCUGUUAGUCUCAACUCUCAAGGAAUUAAUUUGAGCCCUCUAUGACGAAAUCUUGUAGGGUGUGGUGGGGGCAUAUGAUACUUAAUGUCCGGUUGUGAAGGCAGUUGUACUGCUGGUUGUGAUGAAAAGUACCAUGCUGCCAAGAUCCUUUUUAAAGUGAUUUCUUCUUUUACAUCAUAUUGUCUACACUCUUACAGUUGUACUUUGGCAUCUUUUUCUUUUUCUGGUCGAACACAACAAUAUUCCAUGACCAAGUAAAUUCACAAUGUUACUCUUGACAAUGUGCAGAUUUUGCCAGCUUUGCUUGUCCUGUAAUAAAGACAUCUCAGCAUAGUGCAGGAAAAAAUAUUUAGUUACCUCAGUGGAAUCAUCCAGACUCUCUCCAGAGGAAAAAAAAACUUAUACAAUGCUGAAAGCUCUCCGGAACACACCAUUUGUGCACUUGUAAUCUGAAGUUCUGAAAUAGUCAGUGAAAAGCUGUACAUGGUUGGACUCCAUCCAGAUUUUCCUGCUGUUGGUAGUUUCUGGAAACGAUCAUUUUGGAAUUGCCAGGCGGGAAGGCAGGAGAAACAUUCAGAUCAGUAGCAAGAGGCAGCCUGGAACCAGGAAAUCUGUGUGGCCUACGCUUGUGUUUUGUGUCAACCAGUGCAAAUAGAGAGGGAGGGAGGAACUGGGAGAGAGUGGCCGGCUGAUGCCCAAUUUGUAAUGAAACCAUGCUUUUUAGGUCACCCCAAAAUGAUUUAUCCUAGUUGUCGUUAUUUUAUUUGCAAAAUAUAACAUUUUUUUGCCCAUCUGCACAAAAUAGAGAAAACAUCAAAAAGUCUGAAAGUGACACUCUUGUAAACACAAGAGUGCCUGGGCCAUUGCAUUUGGUCCAUUUGUGGGGUUAGGAUUGAUUGGAGACUUCCUCAUAUUUAAAAUGCACACAAUGUUUUCUGCAGCCGUAUUCAUGAAAAGGUGGAAAUAAGUGAGCCGAAAGAGACAUUUUGUAUUUUGUAGGAGCGUCCAACUGUGUGAACUGCUUUCAGUCACCAUCAUGGUGCCAUAUGUCUGCAGACUUUGACUUCAUUCUACCACCUCUGAAACAGUGUUACUCUUUGCAAAUUAACUCCCAUGUGAUCACUUACUCCCAGGGAGGGCUCGUCUCAGCUCAGUACGGAGGUUCUGAUUUCAGCAGUCGCAGGUGAUCUUGCCAGCCGUUUCAUCUCAUUCCUAGCUCACAUAUAUGACACUCGAACUUGUGAGGAUGAUGAUCGUAGAAGGCUGGAACUCGUGUUGCUAAGGAUCCACGCUGUUGUUGAGGAAGCAGAGGGGCGGCACAUCACAAAUCGAAGAAUGUUCUUGCAGCUUAAGGCACUCAUUCAGGGUGUGUAUCUUGGGCAUUACAUGCUCGAUAGGUGCAAGGCAGUCUCAGGAAGUACUUGUUUGUUGUGGAUUUCAUCUUAUGAUGUGGAUGAGACGACAUGGGCAAACUUCCAAUCAUAUUUGCAGAAGUUGCCAGGCACUGAGAUCAAAAUUGUAGUGACAGGCAGAGCAGAGCAAGUUGCAAACUUGGGGACUGCUCAACCCAUCAGGCUGAAGAGUCUGUCUGAAGAAGAGUCCUGGUACUACUUAAAGGCACUUGCCUUUGGAAGCAUGGAUCCCGAUGAGCAUCCAAAACUGGCAUCUUUGGGUAUGCAACUAGCAACACUCCUACAGGGAUUAUUUCUUGGUGCAAAUAUACGAGCCACUAAGAGCGAGCCCAAAUGCUCAAUUCUUGCGUGGUGUAUUAUGUAGCAUAAGGGGACUGGCUCACAAACACUUGGUCCUUCGGCACGCACCCAGAGGAAUUUCUGGAGAGAAUACUCCUCUGAAUUAUACCAAUGUGGCCUUAGUGGGCGGUAAAGCUCAAGGAUGCCAUGUAUAUAUGAUUUUUGGGAGGCGAGCUGCCAAAGCUGACAUCGCAGGAGCUACUGCACCCGUCCUGAGGUGUUCCUGCCGAAGACAAGUUUGAGGUGUUGGGAUGGAGAUCUCGGAUCCCUCCUAACUUUGAUUAUGUUUUUACUUACGAGAAACAGAAGCACCGUCGUAUCAUCGGCAAGAAGAAUCAUCUGGCAUGGAAAAAAACAUCAGCAUGAAUUUUAAUUUGGCCGACAGAGGUGCACGGAGGAGUUAUCUGUAUGCCCAUCCUUAUUCUAGAUGUAAUUCGAACCUUUUUGCUAAUAUGCACUUGUUAAACAGGAUAUGUAAAGGGCAGUCACUUCCUAUUGCUACAUCACGCUUCUGACUAUUCUCAUGUAUACGGUCAAUUCAGUUUAACCCAGUAUGUGUCGAUGACUAACUGGCUUCAGCCACAUGCCCACACCUUUGAAUCAUUGUGCUGGCAGUUCCAUUUCUUGACUUUUAGCCACCGUAGUGCUAUGUUUCUUUUAAAGAAAGAAAAAGGUAUGGAUAAUUGCUUCCUGGUCAAGGCUCACAGUAAGAUGCUUAUCUCUGCAGUUGCUAGUGUUGGAGGAUGACCUGAAGAAGCUGAGGUGCUCCAGCCACCGAUCCUCGCCAUCAUCGACCAUUAUCGAGAAGGCGGAGGUGCAACAGAAAGCAAACUGAGAAAAGGUCCUCCGGCUCAAGGGGCUCAAGAUCUUGGCAUGGAGGUUCUGAUUUCAGCUGUGGCGGGUGAUCUUGUCAGCCGGUUCAUCUCUUUCCUGGUGCAAAGUUAUGGCACUCAAACAUGUGAGGAGGAGGAUCGUAGAAGGCUGGAACGCAUCUUGCUAAGGAUGCACAUGGUUGUUGAGGAAGCAGAGGGGCGGCACAUCACAAAUCGAGGGAUGUUCCUGCAGCUGAAGACACUCAUCGAGGGUGUGCAUCUCGGGUACUACAUGCUUGACAAGCUCAAGUUCCAACCCCUUGGAGAAGAGAGCGUUGAAGAUGAUGAGGUGAGUCACUGGAGCCAAUCUCUUGCCGUUUCUACUUUUGACGCCGCCAAGCGCCUUCGUUUUGCUGUUGCUGCUUCUAUGAUGAAGAACACACCAAUAACAUUUAGUACCAGGAGCACAACAAAGUUGAAAAGUGUUCUUGCAAGCUUAGAGGCUACGACUGCAGAUAUGAGAGAGUUCGUUGUGCUCCUCGGCAGCUGCCCUCGCCUUCCUCGCCAGCCAUACUGUAUGCACCUAUACAUGGAUAAGUGCAUGUUUGGUCGCCACGUUGAGAAAGAGCAACUCAUCAACUUCUUGCUAUGUGAUGACACUCGUCACGAUUGCGCACAUAUUAGCAUCCUGCCGAUCAUCGGCCCACACAGAAUUGGGAAGAAAACUCUGGUGCAACAUGCUUGCAAGGAUGAGAGGGUGUGCAAUCGUUUCUCCCACAUGUUUUUCUUCAAAGGAGAUGAUCUACGGAACGAAGUAUUUGCAUUGAACAGCCAGGCAGCCUCAGGGAAGUACUUGUUUGUUGUGGAUUUCAUCUUCGAUGUGGAUGAGGCAGCAUGGACAAACUUCCAGUCAUAUUUGCAGAAGUUGCCAGGUGCUGGGAUCAAAAUUGUAGUGACAGGCAGAGCAGAGCAAGUUGCAAACUUGGGGACUGCUCAACCGAUCAGGCUGAGGAGUCUGUCUCAAGAAGAGUACUGGUACUACUUCAAGGCACUCGCCUUUGGAAGCACGAAUCCUGAUGAGCACCCGAAACUGGCAUCUUUGGGCAUGCAACUAGCGGCGCUCCUACAGGGAUCAUUUCUUGGUGCAAACAUACUCGGGGAGCUACUAAGAGCUAAUCCAAGCACAGAAUUCUGGCGCGGAGUAUUAUCGAGCAUAAGAGGAAUAGUUCGUGAGCACUUGUUGUCCUUCGGCACGCACCCGGAGGACCUUCUUGGUAGAAAUUUUCCUGUGAAUUUCGGCAGUGCGGCCUUGGUGGGUGGUCAGGCUCAGGGAUACCUGGUGUAUGAUCUUAGGGAGGCUGGCCCUGCUCAAAGUGAGCUGCCAAAACUGACGUCGCAAGAACUACUGACAGGCCGUGAUAUACCUGUUGAAGACAAGUUUGAGGUGCUAGUAUGGAGAUCUCGGAUCCCGCCUUACUGCGACUACGUCGUUACCUACGAAAAACAGAAGAUUCAUGUGGCAGCGAGAAAACGUCAGCGCAAAUGUUAAUCUGGCAAACAGAAGUGCACAAAGGAGUUGGAUCCCCUUCCUUGUAGUUUAGUAAAUUAUUAUUCUCUGUUUUUUUGAGAACCUAUUAUUCCUUUUUCUAUACUGAUAUACUAUGUGUAUAUGUGCACUUUUUAGAAGGGGUAUGUGAAGUGCAGUGAGUUACUGAUGCUAGCCUGAGUUGUGUGUACGUAAUUGAAGCCUCGUGUAAGGAAACUGCUUUAAACUUG